AUGAGAGGAAUGCGCGGCACCGUGCAGAAGUCACUGCUGUGCCGCCGCCGCCUGGUGGCAGCAGACAGUAACUGCGAGAAGCCGCGGGAGAAAAGUUCCAUCAGCGCCUCGCCCGCCCUUCUGGCACCUUCCGCCCUUGGGAGUGGGAGCCUGGCCUCGGCAGCUGAGUGCGGGGCCUUCAGGGAGCGCAUCCCGGGGCGGGGCCUCGGGCCCAGCGGCUCCUGCAGCGCAUGCGCCGCUUCUGGAAGGUUCGGCCUGGCCUUCGUGGUUCAGGCGCCACAGGGACCAGGGCCGGCGCCGCUGGAGAUGACGGUCCUCCUGGCCUUCCUCCUGGCCCUGGGCCUGCCGCGGGCGGAGACCAACGUCACCGGGACUGGGCGGCAAGGCGCGCUGCAGUGCCACUCGUGCGAGGAGUUCUACACGCUGAGCUGCGCCAAGGCCACCGAGUGCGAGCCCGGCAACGUCUUCUGUGUCACCGUUGUCGUGAGAAUGCUGGUCCGUUUCUUCUACGUGUCCAGGCAGUGCACGGAGUACUGUCCAGUCAUCAGGCCGUUCGACGUGCUGCCGUACCAGUCUUAUGUCCUCCUGAAGCCGACGCCUUUCCUCUACGCCUCGUGCUGCCGGACGCCGCUGUGCAACACGGACAGCCCGACCAUCAACGACACCGAGUGGCAGUACUACCGCGAGGCGGGGGGCGCGCGGCGCCGCGGCGGGGCCGGGCUCGGGCUGGCGCUGCUGCUGGCGCUCGCCGCCCUGUCCCUGGGCCUCAGACCGUCCUGAGCGCAUGGCCGCUCCGGGCGGCCGCCUCGCUCCUAGGAGCCCUCCCUUGGGGGUGGGCUGUGGCAUUAAACUUGUUUCCUGGA